AGGAGGAGCGGCGUUGACGCAGGCGUGGUGGAGUGCGGACGGAAAAAGGGGGGCGUGGCCUCGCAGUCUGUCUCUCGCUCUCUGGCGGACAGGGAGAGAAGCGAGCGAGAGGGAAGAAGAGUGUCGCUGUGCGCGCGUCUUUCGGGGGCGGUCGCCAUUUAGCGCGGCCAGUUUCCCCCUCACUCGGGAGAGGUGGCAGUGAGAGGCCCAUCCCCCACUCUCCUCACGAGUGGGAGGGAAGGACGGACGUGUGAAGAAGCCCCGGCGGUGGCAGGCGAGGGCAGGGCAGGCGCGGCGCCCCUUCUGGGUGAUUUCUCCGCCUUUCCUCCCACUCCCUCAGGCCAGGCGGGUGUCGGAGCGGAGGGUGGCCUUCUUCUCUUCGGGCUGAAAAACGAAGCCCCCUAACGAGGGGCGGUGGCGGCGGGCGUCCCGGCAUCGCGUGAGGGAACGAACGGAAGAAGAAGAAGAAGAAGGGAAGAGGUCUCGGCGGCGAGGACGGGCCGGGGAGGAGCCUAAGGCGAGCGGCUGAGCCGGACUUCAACGGAGGCAAGGAGCUGGGCGAGACGGAACGCGCGCGGCCGCGACAGCCACGGGCCUGCCCUUACCGCGCACCCCACCCCGCUGGUCCGGGGCCUGCCGAAGGCUCCUUCCCGGCCUCUUUCCUCCUCUGACUCCCCCACCCCACCUUCGCCGCCGCCGCCGCUGCUGCUGCUCCUCCAUGUCGGCCCUGCUGUUCGGCUCCCCGCUGCAGCAGGAUGGAUGCGGACACUGACUGGGGAUCCACCCCGCCUCCGCCGGCCCAGCCCGCUCCACGAGUCGCCUCGCUCCACGCCGCCCGGAGAUUCCGGGAGCCGCCUUUGCAGCAGCAGCAGCAGCAACACCAAGAGCACCAAGAACCGCCGCCGCCGCUUCUGCCGCCUUCCGAGCAGCUCUUGGGCGCGCUCGCCGCCUCGCCUUGACUGCCCUCGCGUCAGCUGCUGCAGCGGCAACUGCUGCGCCUCCCCUUCGACAUCAUGUCAGCGGGCGCUCCGGAGAGCGGUGCGGCGGCGGCGGCGGCUGCUACUCCUCGCUUCCUCGCCCCGCCGCCUCCCCCGCCCAAGAACGGCUCGAGUUCGGACAGCUCCGUUGGCGAGAAGCUCGGGGUGGCCGCUGCGGGGACGUCGUCCGCCCCGGGAGACUCCGAAGGUUCGGAAGGGGCUAAUUGCCGUAGCGAGGAGUACCGGCGACGCCGGCAUACCAUGGACAAGGACAGCCGUGGUGCGGCGGCCACGGAACACCGCUUUUUCCGCCGGAGCGUCAUUUGCGAUUCGAAUGCGACCGCUCUGGACCUUCCGCGGCUGCAACCCGCGGCGCCUCCCCCGGCUGCUACCGCCGCCGCCGCCUCCUCUGCUCGAGGGAGCAUCCCGCCCGUGUUGGGCUCUCCUCCCGAGUCUGUCAUCCAGGCAGCCGGCGCUUCUGUCACCUCCAGCCAGCCCCCCGCGUUGCUACUACAGCCGCCCGCACCUCUGCCUCCAGCCGCAGAAGUGCCGUCUGGUCCAGAGCUCUUGGUAGCGAAGGAGGUUACCCCCUUAUUAGCCAAGGAGGAAGGGAUUGAAGCCGCUCCACUGCCCCCUACCAGUACGGCAGGAAGCGUUACCGCUUCGGCCCGGGAUCUGCAGGAAGAGCGGAGUAAGAAGCAAGAAGAUAUCGAAGAGCUGGAGACCAAAGCCGUGGCUUUCUCCCCAGAUGGUCGUUUUUUGAAGUUUGACAUUGAGAUUGGCCGAGGCUCCUUCAAGACUGUCUACAAGGGACUAGACACUGAGACCACAGUGGAGGUUGCUUGGUGUGAGCUGCAGGAUCGGAAGCUGUCCAAAUCAGAAAGACAACGGUUUAAGGAGGAAGCUGAAAUGCUGAAAGGGCUUCAGCAUCCUAAUAUUGUUAGAUUCUAUGAUUCCUGGGAAUCUACAGUCAAGGGAAAGAAAUGUAUUGUUCUGGUUACAGAACUUAUGACAUCUGGCACAUUGAAAACAUAUUUAAAAAGAUUUAAAGUGAUGAAAAUCAAAGUGCUGCGAAGCUGGUGCCAGCAAAUACUCAAAGGUUUACAGUUCUUGCACACACGCACUCCUCCCAUUAUCCAUCGUGAUUUGAAGUGUGACAACAUCUUUAUCACUGGCCCCACAGGAUCAGUCAAGAUAGGAGAUCUGGGCUUGGCAACUUUAAAACGAGCUUCUUUUGCCAAAAGUGUGAUAGGUACCCCAGAGUUCAUGGCACCCGAGAUGUAUGAGGAGAAAUACGAUGAGUCCGUUGAUGUGUAUGCUUUUGGGAUGUGUAUGCUUGAGAUGGCUACAUCUGAAUAUCCUUAUUCUGAAUGUCAAAAUGCUGCACAGAUCUACCGUCGAGUGACCAGUGGAGUCAAGCCAGCCAGCUUUGAUAAAGUAGCUAUUCCUGAAGUGAAAGAAAUAAUUGAGGGAUGCAUUCGUCAAAAUAAAGAUGAAAGAUAUGCUAUCAAGGACCUUCUGAAUCAUGCAUUCUUCCAGGAAGAAACUGGUGUGCGUGUAGAAUUAGCAGAAGAAGAUGAUGGAGAGAAAAUUGCUAUUAAACUCUGGUUACGAAUUGAAGAUAUCAAAAAGUUAAAAGGAAAAUACAAGGAUAAUGAAGCAAUAGAAUUUUCUUUUGACUUGGAAAGAGAUGUUCCGGAGGAUGUAGCACAAGAAAUGGUUGAAUCUGGAUAUGUCUGCGAAGGAGAUCACAAAACAAUGGCUAAAGCUAUAAAGGAUAGGGUAUCUUUGAUUAAGCGAAAGAGAGAGCAGCGUCAGUUGGUGAGGGAAGAACAGGAGAAAAGAAAGCAAGAAGAAGUCAAUCAGAAGCAGCAGACAGAACAGAAAACACAAGCAGGGGCUGCCCAGCAAGGAACAAAACAGGCUGUGCCUACUACUAGUGUCACUGCCAUUCCCACCACUUCAACUUCUGUUUCUACCCAAGUAGAACCUGAGGAGCCCGAGGCAGAUCAGCACCAACAGGUUCAGUUCCAGCAACCCAGUGUUUCUGUACUAUCUGAUGGCACAGUUGACAGUGGCCAGGGUUCAUCUCUCUUUAGUGAAUCAUGUUUGAGUAGCCAACAGACGGCUUCCUUUACUACCCAGCAUGAACAGACUCUUCCAACACUUCCAGCCUCAGGAUAUUCAGUUCCUGUUGGCCAGCCGCAGUCACAACAGCCUGGAGGAUACCAGACCUCGACGGUGCCUCAACAUGGCUGUAGCAUGUCAGUUUGUGCUUCCACUCUUUCCCCCUCUCUUCCCUUCCCCGUCCCUCCCAGUGCUCCUUCCACCCUGCCAUUAGCAUUGUCUGCACCUCUUUCUUCUUCCUAUCCUCGGACUACCGCGCAGGAAACUUUUGAUGAAAAGCUUUCCAAAGCCCUGGAGUGUGUCCUGCCCAUGCAUAUCACCUCUCCACGCAACCAACGGCGCUCCAGCCUGCCUUCCCUCUUUGUCAGCCCUCCUCAGUCCAUGAUGCAUCGGUAUGGGGGAAUCCCAGCAUUCCUAGAUUCCCAAGUAAUUUUUUCUACCGUUCAUGAACGGCCAGGCUCUUUCUCACCACCACCCACCUGCCCUUUGGGGGUGUCCAUUUCUCAACGGCGCAAAAGUACUUCUAUCCUUGAAGCCCAAACUUGUCAUUUCCAGCCCUUGUUCAAGACCAGUCAAAAUCUACUUCUCCCUAGUGGUAGUCCAACAAUUUGGACACCAGAGACAUUAGCGACAAUGAGCACAACUGCUCAUAACUCCACAAGAGAACACAUUCAGGCUAACACUGUGUCGAACUCGACUCAAACCUUGAAUGAUUACAGACCUGGACAAGCAACUUCGGAAGAUGCUACAAAUGCGUUGACCCAAGAAGCAUUAUAUUUAGUGGGCAUGCACUAUCAAUCUCAAUUACCUGAACAUUACGAGACACUAUCCUAUAAGGCUCAAGGAACUGAGCCAAACUUGCUGCAAGCUCCUGAAGCGAGAAGUGUACAAGGUGGCCCUCUUCAGAAUUCUGCUUUUGAAUAUCAAACAGGGCAGACGUUUUUGGCAAGACAAGUUCAAAAUUUGAGAUUGGAUUCUGGAAUGAAUCCAUUAUUGCCAGUGUCUGGCAUAUCAGCCCCAUUGAGCGCAGACACCAUACAGAUGAAUUUUCAUCCAGUCUUUGUUCCACAUUCUGCACCUGCUAUACUCUCUCACAAUGGGGAUGGUCAAACAAGCGUGUUUGAGUUCCAUGUUCAGACUCCCAGUGUAACUGCAGGAGAAAGUACAACCUUAUCUCAGUGUGUUUAUAGAAAUCGUCACACAGAUUUUAACCAGGAGGAGUCUACCCAAAGAACUUUACAGCCUGUUCGUCUUCAGCCUGUAAAAGAGGAACAGAGUAACUAUAUGAGUUCUGAGUUCAUGAUGAGUAGAGGCAGUUCUGUUCUCCAGAGCUGGCUGGAAGGUAGCCCAGGGUAUUCCAGUGACUCAUCACAGUUAACUUCUUCCGAUACUGGUGAUUUUCUGUCGCCCCCUCCGACUGGGACAUCUGUAUCAUAUGCCACAGAUUUCUCUUUUUCUGCUUCCCAAAUGGCUCAGAAGGUAUUGCCAGAUUCACAGAUCUUCAUCCACUUUCCACAGGGAACUUCAUCUGAACAGGCAGUCUCUGCAUUGGUUUCAACAAGAUCAUCUGCAUUCUAUUCUCAGAUGCAAGGGCAGCCAUCCUCAAAUGAAUCAUCAGUGAGCGCAUCAUCACAACUUUUGCAGCAAAAUCAAUUGACUACCCAACAGCCAACCACCUCUCAGCAGACUGGGCAAUACCAAGUUCCACAGCCACCAGCUUCCACUGGAGCUGCUCCACUACAGCCAGUAACACAACAAGCUCAAGUAAUGCCUAUGCCUCAGGUACCUGCUGGGACACAGCUUCCUGUUUCCCAAACAGUGCCGACCAUCCAGGGUGAAUCACAGUUACCUAUGGGAGCACCUUCCCUUGCUCAGCCUUCAGCUGCCCCAGUCAUGUCUCAUUUCCUCCCAGUGGGACAGCCCAUACAACCACCACUUCUUCCACAGUUCUCGGCCUCUCAGAUGCCCAUGCCAGCACCUCAUGUGUCUGUGGCUCAGCCGUGUUUCCCAUCUCUAUCCAUUUCUAUGGCAACUGGCAUUAACCAGCCAUUGCUUACUCUGGCAACAUCUGCUGCAGCAACUGCUAUUCCUGUGGGUUCAACAGUUGUCCCUAGCCAGCUUCCAACUGUCUUGCAGCCUGUGGCUCAGCUGUCCAGCCAGGUGCUCCCACAACUUCUUCAGCCAGGUGUUCAAUCCAUGGGAUUGCCUUCUACGCUGGGACAAACUGCUGAAGUUCCACUUCCAGCUACAGAUGCUCUGUAUCAGGGCUUCCCACCUCGGCUACCAGCACAGUAUAUUGGAGACUCAAAUAUUGCUUCCUCUUCUGUGGCUUCUGCUUGCCUUCCUUCUGCAGUAUUGUCCCCUCCUUUACCCACAGAAGCAUUGGCUCAGCCAAGCUAUCUUGCUGCGGUAGGGCAGCCUUACAUGGAACAGAGUGUUUUAGUUUCUUUGGGCAGUCUAGGAGGACAGGUUCAAGUGCCCCAGUCUGCUUCCACCCAGCAGACAGCAUUAGAGGGUACAACUCCCGGAAUCACGCAGAUUGCACCUCCAGAGCCUCAGCCUUCAAUACAGCAGCAACCUUCACAAUCAACUCCAUUAGUUUCUUCAAUAGACAGUGCUCAUUCAGAUGUUGCCUCAGGCUUAAGUGAUUGCAAUGAAAAUGUUUCAGCAUCCAGUGGUAGACACGAAGGGAGGACUACAAAGCGGCAUUAUCGUAAAUCAGUACGCAGCCGUUCUCGUCAUGAGAAAUCUACACGUCCCAAACUGAGAAUUCUUAAUGUUUCAAAUAAAGGUGAUCGGGUUGUGGAAUGUCAGCUAGAAACACACAACAGAAAAAUGGUUACUUUCAAAUUUGACUUGGAUGGUGACAAUCCAGAGGAAAUAGCUACUAUAAUGGUGCAAAAUGAAUUCAUAUUAGCAAUAGAGAGAGACUCGUUUGUUGAGCAGGUUCGAGAUAUUAUAGAAAAAGCAGAUGAAAUGCUCAAUGAAGAUCCCAGUAUGGAGGCAGAAGGCGAUCAAAGUAUGGAUGGUAUUCAGAACCAGAAAUUGGAUGGAGACUUCAAGCAACCGGAUCCUGUUUCUUCCAUGCCACAAAAAAUAGGUGUACCUCCUAAUUCAUUUACUCAGGUAGUCCACUCUGCUGGAAGAAGAUUUAUUGUCAGUCCUGUACCAGAAAGUAGAUUGCGAGAACAGAAAUUUUUCACUUCCAUUCCAUCAGAAUAUGAGCUUUUUGAUUCAUUUGCUUCCACAUCUCAUGGUCCUGGGAUGAAUCUCUCGCAUUCUGCAUCAUCACUCAGUCUGCAGCAAGCUUUCUCAGAUCUCAAGCAUAUGCAGCACACUGAAGGACCUAGCACAGCUCCCCCAAUUUUUAACCAAGCUGUGCCUCCUUUUCCUACUGUAGCUUUAGGUGCCAAUGGGCUGCCAUCUACAACUGUAACUGCUUCUUCUGAGUCACUUCCUCCCUCCACUAGUAUUUCUUUAUCAGCAACUCAAUCCACAGAAACGGGGUUUCCAGCAAGUGAAGAAUUGUCAGUCCCAAGCUCUCCACCACCAGUGUUGCCUGGGUCACAGUUAAAUAGUGGGGUAGCUUUGAGUGUCAGCGCACCUUCAUUUUCAUCAACAACUGUAGUCCAGGCAGCUUCUGCUACUGGAGAAAUUGUUACUAGUAUUAGCACACCUGCUUCUCUGACGUUGCCACAAGCUGCAACAGGGCCUAGUGUUACAGUAUCAGGUGUUAUGGCACCAUCAGUGCCACCCCAGCAAGUUGGUAGUGCUGUUUCAACAACAUCUCAAACAGUUCCUGUAUCUAUGGCCCAGAGCGUUGUUUCACAGUCUUCUCAGUUGAACACCAGCACUUCUGCUCCCAGCCUAGCAAAAAUGGUAGUGGUUAGUGUGCUGCAGCCAAGAUCAGAAAGUGAACAGGCAUCAGAAAAUCCACAGUUGUGCCAUACAGGUGAAGUACCUGUGCAUGUUUCUGUACCAAUACUCUCUACAGGAGCCUCAGGUACGUCUAGCAGCAGCUCCCAGCAAUCUGUGGUACAGCCACUGCCCGUCCCACCUAUAGUUACCUCAUCUAGCUUUGCAACAUCGUUGGGUGCAGUCUCUACCCCAGUAUUACCCCAGGUCCCUUUGCCUGGUGCCCUACCACUGGCACAGCCAGUAGCUAAUAUACCUGUUGUCCAGCAGACUUUAAUACACAGUCAGCCUCAACCAGCUCCAUUACCCAAUCAACCUCAUACUCAUUGUCUAGAAGGGGAUAUUGACACCCAGCCCAAAGCACCUGGCAUAGAUGACAUAAAAACCCUGGAAGAAAAGCUACGAUCCCUCUUCAGUGAACAUGGUGGAACGGCUCACCCCUCUGUGUCCCUGGAAACAUCUUUAGCAAUGGAGGCCACAGCCAUUCCUGGCUUACCAAGUACUACUGUUGCGCCCACAAAGCCGGUGGCAUCCAUUCCAAGUACCAGUGUGCCACCAGGAAGUUUGGUGCUUGGUCCGACAGGUCUUCCUGUCAUGAUACCAGUUGUCACUCCAGGACAAGCAGGCACCCCAAUUAGUUCUGUCUCAGUGACGUGCUGUCCUGCAACAGCAACAACUAAACCAGGGACGCCUCCUUCAAAACCACCUCUUAUCCGGGCAUCGGCACUACCAGUAGGUUCUGAACUUCCAACUGGUGCUCUACCCAGUGAGCAGCCGCCACCCUUUCCGGGACCUACACUAACUCAGUCCCAACAACCUCUGGAAGAUCUGGAUGCCCAGUUGAGAAGAACUCUAAGUCCAGAGAUGGUUACAACAACUGCAUGUUCUGUGCCACCUGUGGCAACUUCAGCAGUUACUGGAAUGGUAUCCACCUCAGAACAACCCACAGAUUCUGGUUCUCAGGAUGCAGAGAGCAGUGCCACAAGCAGCACCUCCGGAGUUGCAGUUCUUAAGAUGGGUCGUUUUCAGGUGUCAGUGGCUGUAGAUGAUCAGAAAGACAGCGAAAGUAAACCCAAGCACUUUGAUACAACAACCUCAGAAUCCUCAUCUUUGUCUAGCAGCAGUCCAGAAAGUACUCUCGUGAAGCAAAGCUCCAGUGGGACAGCAGAUAAUAUCCCUAUUACUUCAGUGGAUGCAGUAGAUGGUGCGCUCUCUCCCACCGUUCAUUUGCAGCCAACCAAGGUUGGACGUUUCCAGGUGACAACAACGACAGACCAAGUUGGUCGCUUUUCUGUAUCUAGAACUCAAGAUGAGGUAACCUGCCUAGAGAGAGAAGUUCCUGAAGUGGUCCCUUUGUCCAUGGACUCUGAGCAAGUUUCUUCUCCACUUACAACUCCUAAAUCAGAAUUUGCAGAGAGAAGGCCAUCUCUGCAUCUGAAUGGGCCAUCCUCUGAAUUGGAAGCUGCUUUCCUGAGCGGUGCAGCUAAAGAGUUAGAUGAUGGUUCAGGGAGUCCUGAUUCGAUCCACCCUCCAGCCUCAAAAAUCAGUCUUCCAGUCCAGAGUCUCAGCAACUCAUUCAACUCUUCCUACAUGAGCAGCGAUAAUGAGUCAGACAUAGAAGAUGAAGAUUUGAAGUGUGAGCUGCGUCAACUGCGGGAAAAGCACCUUAAAGAGAUCCAGGAACUUCAGAGUCGUCAAAAGCUGGAGAUUGAACUCCUUUACACAAGGUUGGGCAAAGUACCUCCAGCAGUAAUCAUCCCUCCUGCUGCUCCUCUCUCAGGCAGGAGAAGAAGACCUACUAAAGGAAAAAGCAGCAGGUCCAGUCGCAGCAGUUCCCAGGGUAAUAAGAGUCCACAGAUUUUGGGAAACCUGUCUGCUCAGAGUGCCCCUUCAGUUCUACCCCAGCAGCAGACCCUGCACCCUCCUGGUAGUGUCCCUGAAACAGGACAGAACCAUCUGUUACAGCCACUGAAGCCAUCUCCUUCUAGUGAAAAUCUCUAUUCAGCUUUUACUAGUGAUGGGGCCAUUUCUGUUCCAAGCCUUUCUGCACCAGGCCAAGGCUGUGUGAAGUUUAACUGUGCAUCUGAGCGGGUGACAUUCAAGCCUGGUGGCAGGAGGACCCGAUUUCUGAGUACGCCCUGCUUGGCUCUUUGGAAGAUGGUGAAAAAAGUCUGUCCUUGCAACCAGCUCUGUAGGACCAGCAGUAUAAACACUGUUGGAGGUACAGUAAACAACCAGGCACCCCAGUCUCAGCCCCCUGCCUCUAGUCGGAAAGGAACCUUUACUGAUGAUCUGCACAAACUAGUGGACAACUGGGCUCGUGACGCUAUGAAUCUGUCUGGCAAGAAAGGAGGCAAAGGACAUGGCAAUUACGAGGGUCCAGGAAUGGCAAGGAAGUUCUCUGCACCAAGCCAACUCUGCAUCUCGAUGACGUCCUCUCUUGGUGCUACCCCUAUCUCUGCAGCAUCAGCUACCUCCCUAGGCCACUUCACCAAGGCCAUGUGUCCCCCUCAGCCGUUUGGUUAUCCAGCAGUGCCCUUUGUAGCCCCCUGGAGCGGGACGGGUGGUCCAGCACAGCAGCCUUUAAACCAGUUCCAGCCUGUAGGAACUGCCUCAUUACAAAGCUUCAACAUCAGCAACUUACAGAAAUCUAUCAGCAACCCCCCUGGCUCCAAUCUGCGGACCACUUAGUGAUUCCCAGCCACAUUGCUGGGUAGACCUUUGGGCAGGAGUUGGGGCCUGAAUUAACUGCUAUGCUCUUUGUGCCCAAAAGGGAUGGAAGCCCCUCUCUAACCAUUGCUCUCUGCACUCAGUAAGUAAAGCCCCCCUUUCGGAAGAUGGGGAGAACGUGAUCAGGAUCCUCUAAGACGGCACAUGCUUCCUCUAAUUCUUGCAUGUGGCAGAAUGUAUAGAGAUGGAAAUCACCAUGCAAGUCAGCAGCCUCUGACUGUAAAAUUCACAUGACUUAAGAGGCUGGAUCCUAUGGGUUGGGAAGAAAGUUGUUAGCCUUCGCAUGAAUCUUGGUAUUCCGUUUGCCUUGUUCGGAAGAACUAAGCCCAGGGGGAAAGCUGUCCAUUUUUCCAUCAUCUUGUCUAUUCUUUCCUUCAAAGCAUCCCAUCACAGUUCCUGAACGAGUGAGCACACAGAUGGACAUGCAGAAUAGCCCAUGCUUUGAGAUAAGUCUUUCCUGCUUUCAGGAAAAGAUAUUAACAGCUUUGACAGCAGCAUUAGAGCAAUUUAAAAUGUUUAGAAGAAAAAAAUAAUAAUUAAAAGUUCCCUGCGGACAUGUACUUACCAUCAGUUUUGAUGUGGAAACACUGUGAUAUAUAAAUGUUGUUGGACAACAGUAGUUUAAAAAAAAAUGAGUGGAGUAUAGAGGGUUAAACAGUCAAAAAAGAAAAAAUGGGAAAAAAGCUAGCUAUAUCCUGAUACUUAUUGGAGACACUUUAACUUUUUUCCUUUUUAUUUUCAUUGUAUUAGAUAAAUGUGAAUGUAUAAUUGUAUAAAUUAAUGUACUUGAAUACUUGUCUGUUCUCCCAGUAUGCUUGCUGGAUAUUUUAGUGCCUUGGACUUUUUAUUGCUUCUGCAGUUAGCAUCACCUGCCCGGCAGACUUUAGACAGACCGAGGGAAAGGAGAGAGGGAGGUUAUUUUGGACAUAGCCACUGAAAUACCAAAGGCCUAAAACAUUGGAUGCUUAUACUGUAACAGUGUCUAGAGUAGGUGUUGGAGGGGAGCUACUGCAGCUGUACGUUGAAAAGGUAAAGCUAUAGAGAGGUGGGGGGAAAACCAGCAAUGGAUAUUGGUGGAGGGUACAGAAAUGAUGACAUGUUGUGUAACCAGAGUAAAGCUGGGCUGAAUGUGAACAGAGAGAGGGUGGGUGGGGGAGGGAAAGAAAGGAGAAAGGCUUGUCUGAAAGGACGGCUCUUAAGGGCAGGCUGACUGAAAGCUACAAAGGGUUUUAGGAGGGUCAACAUGUGUUCAGAAACUGGAGUUCAUCACUCGGGGGAGCGUGAAAAGUCUCCUGGGGUUUGCUCUUCAUUGUCUUUAAUUCUACCUAGGAAGGGCAGAAACAGAUAUUCCAUGUUGCGGGUUUCAUUGCCAAGGACAGAUACACUUGAAACACUCAGAAUCAAAAAGAACUUUGUUUUUGUUAAAAGUCUAAAGGACUUAAAACUUGGUACCAAGACUAUAACUAUGUUGCCUUCUAGUAGGUGUGCUGUAUCGCCUACUUUCCACUCAAACUCGGUUUCUAACUUGACAUACAGGUUCUCUAUUCAAAUGACAUACUGCAACCAACUAGUAUUACUCUGUAUUGCUGCAGCAGGCUGUGAAGGGUCAAAGUACUUCUAUUUUGUAUUUGGGAGUAGCUUUACUGCUGGUCUAAAAGUUUGUAUACUAAGUAAAAGAAAAAUCUCUCCCCUUUCCCCACCAAAAAAAGUUCCUUUAAGGUUAGCAGGGAAUUUGUUAUUUCUGUACUUGUUCACGCUACCCUCAAACAUAUGCACAGGUUUGUCUUUCCAUCCCUUUGUCUCAAGUUGAAGUUUAGAGUGGCUUUUGUCAGGAAGGGAGGCCUCGGCAUGGUGGCUGGAAAGCGAAAGACGGGAGUCUAUAAGGUAGUUGGGCUUCAACCCCUUUUGCGACUUUAAAGUCCCCAUUGUGACGGAAUAUGGGGAAGCUGUGGCUUCCUACUGUUAAUGGAGAAGCUUUUACUUUCUGAGUUUGUGGCCCAUUCUUCAAAACAAGAAAUGAAUUAAUAUGCAGAAAGUAUAAAGAAUCAGUGAUGAAAGGUGCCACUUCAUGGUUAGAAUUGGUCAGCUGAGUGUUGCACGAGGAUGGUAUUUUGGUUUAAUAUGUUUGAGGUUGGGUUUUUCACUUAGUUAUGCAAAUACUGGUUUUAUUUACCAUUGAUUUCCCUCCUGUGGAUUAAAUAACUGAGGUCUAGAAGAAUUAACUAAUGCUACUGAACUGUUAAAUUAUUUUGUGUUAAUAUUACACUUUUGAAUACCUUUUUUUUCCACAAGAUCUGUUCCUGAAUUACAGAUGUUUUCUUUACAUUAUUUAACAAUGUACACUGUAAAAAUAAAAUAAAAGAAAUUCAAACCUUGGGCUUCCCUGGCCGUAGUUAAUGGUAUGUUUUGCACUAAAUCCAGGCAUUGCGCUUCAUGUACAAUUGCGCUUUGUGCUGCAGUUUGUUACCUUCUUUGUAGAUAUUUAAUGAAAUCAUUCAAAUAAACCAAACCUGCUUUUGUUGA